GGAGGCUCAGCACAGGAGGAGGAAGGUCAGCAGACCCGACAGCCGACAGUCACAGCAGCUCUGACAAGAGCGUUCCUGGAGCCUGAGCUCCUCUCCACAGAGGACAAGCAGACAGCAGAGACCAUGGGCUCCCCCUCAGCCGCUUCCCAUGGAGGGCACAGGCCCUGGCAGGGGCUCCUGAUCACAGCCUCACUUUUAACCUUCUGGGACCCGCCCAGCACUGUCCAGUUCACUAUUGAAGCCCUGCCAUCCAGUGCUGCAGAGGGAAAGGAUGUUCUUCUACUGGCCUGCAAUAUUUCAGAGACUAUUCAAGCCUAUUAUUGGCACAAGGGGAAAACGGCAGAAGGGAGCCCUCUCAUUGCUGGUUAUAUAACAGACAUUCAAGCAAAUAUCCCAGGGGCCGCAUACAGUGGUCGAGAGACAGUAUACCCCAAUGGAUCCCUGCUGUUCCAAAACAUCACCCUGGAGGACGCAGGAUCCUACACCCUACAAACCAUAAAUGCCAGUUACGACUCUGACCAAGCAACUGGCCAGCUCCACGUACACCAAAACAACGUCCCAGGCCUUCCUGUGGGGGCCGUCGCUGGCAUCGUGACUGGGGUCCUGGUUGGGGUGGCUCUGGUGGCCGCCCUGGUGUGUUUGCUGCUCCUCUCCAGGACUGGAAGGACCAGCAUCCAGCGUGACCUCAGGGAGCAGCCGCCCCCAGCCUCCACCCCUGGCCAUGGUCCCUCUCACAGAUCCACCUUCUCGGCCCCCCUACCAAGCACCAGAACAGCCAGUCGUAUCUAUGAGGAAUUGCUAUACUCUGACGCAAACAUUUACUGCCAGAUCGACCACAAAGCAGAUGUGGUCUCUUAGGUUCCUCCAGGAGCUGCUCCUGUGGGUUGAUGAAGGUACCCAAAGACUCCAGCCCUGGGGAUGGGAAAGACAUGGAGCCUGAGCCAGAGAACCAGCUCUGAGUCCUGAGAAGACACUGGCCUGGGGAUAGGGAGGGAUGGGAGUCCCUGCUGAAUGUCUGGAGACCCUGACAGGCUGCCCUGGGCUCUGGGUGGGCCGGGACAAAGGCCUCUCAUCACCACAGGAAGCGGGGGCUUGCAGGGAAAGUGAAUGGGCCUGUGGCCCACCCGGGGUCACCUGGAAAGGAUCUGAAUAAAGAGGACCCUUCCUCUCA